AUGGCGAAUAAUCUCCCUUCGGAGUUUGAUGUGAUCAUUAUAGGGACAGUGCUAAAAGAAAACAUCCUGCUUUCUACCAUCCACUUAUCCACUUAUUCUACUUCAGGUUUGCCUGAAUCCAUCAUUGCCGCUGCAUGUUCAAGAAGUGGCCAGAGGGUUCUGCAUGUUGAUUCGCGAAGCUACUAUGGAGGAAACUGGGCCAGCUUUAGCUUUUCGGGACUAUUGUCCUGGAUAAAGGAAUACCAGGAAUUCAAUGAUUCUCUGAAUGAAACCCAGGCAUGGCAAGAGCAGAUUCUUAACAAUGAAGAGGCCAUUGUUCUUAGCAGGAAAGACAGAACCAUUCAACAUGUGGAAGUGUUUUGUUAUGCCAGUCAGGAUUUUCAUGAAGAUGUUGAAGAAGCUGGUGCAUUGCAAAAAAAUCAUGCGUCCGUGACAUCUGUGAAUUACACAGAAGCUGCACAUUCUGUUUAUGUACCUUCAGAAGAUGAGUCAUUAAGCACUGUGAGCUGUGAAAUACCCGCAGACCAAACUGCAAGCAGUAAUCCAGAAAGUGGCCCAGAAGUAAAUGAUGUUGAAGCAGUAGCGGAGAAAGAAAAUCAUUGUCAUGAUAAAACUCAUGUGCAGGCAACUAAAGAAAAUGAAAAAAAUGAAAAUGUACCUACAGCAGAAAACAAUGCAGAACAACUAAGGAAAAACACGAUUACUUACUCUCAAAUUGUUAAAGAAGGCAGGAGAUUUAAUAUUGAUUUGGUAUCAAAGCUGCUGUAUUCUCGAGGUUUGCUCAUUGAUCUUCUAAUCAAAUCAAAUAUUAGUCAGUAUGCAGAGUUCAAAAAUAUCACCAGGAUUCUUGCAUUUCUAGAUGGAAGAGUGGAACAGGUUCCUUGUUCCAGAGCAGAUGUCUUUAGUAGCAAACAACUUACGAUGGUUGAAAAGCGAAUUCUAAUGAAAUUUCUCACAUUUUGUAUGGACUAUGAGGAACAUCCUGAAGAAUAUAAAGCUUAUGAGGAGAUUACAUUUUCUGAAUAUUUAAAAAUGCGAAAAUUAACCCCCAACCUCCAAUAUUUUGUGCUGCAUUCAAUUGCAAUGACAUCAGAGACAACCAGCACUACCAUAGAUGGUCUUAAAGCUACCAGAAACUUUCUUCAUUGUCUUGGGCGGUAUGGCAACAGUCCGUUUUUGUUUCCUUUAUAUGGUCAAGGAGAACUACCCCAGUGUUUCUGCAGGAUGUCUGCCGUGUUUGGUGGAAUCUAUUGUCUUCGCCAUUCAGUAGAGUGCCUUGUUGUGGACAAAGACUCGAGAAAAUGUAAAGCAAUCAUAGAUCAGUUCGGCCAGAGAAUAAUCUCUAAGCAUUUCAUUGUGGAGGACAGUUAUUUUUCUGAGAACAUAUGCUCAAGUAUACAAUACAGGCAGAUCUCCAGGGCAGUCUUAAUUACAGAUAGAUCUCUGCUAAAAACAGAUUCAGAUCAACAGAUUUCUAUUUUGAUAAUCCCAGCAUCGGAAGCAGGAACUUCAGCUGUUCGGGUCAUUGAAUUAUGUUCUUCAACUAUGACAUGCUUGAAAGGCACCUAUUUGGUUCAUUUGACUUGCACAUCUUCCAGAACAGCAAGAGAAGAUUUAGAGCCAAUUGUGCAGAAAUUGUUUGUUCCGUGUACUGAAAUGGAGAAAGAAAAUGAAGAAGUUGCAAAACCAAGACUUCUGUGGGCUCUGUACUUCAAUAUGAGAGACUCUUCAGAUGUCAGCAGGAACUCUUAUAAUGACUUAUCAUCCAACAUUUAUGUAUGUUCUGGCCCAGACUGUGAAUUAGGAAAUGAUAAUGCAGUGAAACAGGCUGAAGCACUUUUCCAGCUAAUCUGCCCCAAUGAAGAUUUCUGUCCACCUCCACCAAAUCCUGAAGACGUUGUUCUUGAGGGGCCCAGUUUACAAGCAGAGGCUCUGGAAUGCAGUUCUGUCCUAGAGGUCAACUCAGAGACUUGCAACAAAAGCCUAUUCCUGGGAAACCCACUGUAACCCUCUGAAUAAAGAAAAUACCCCAAACUGGGUAUGCCACUUUGAAAGUUCCUCCUGCCCUCAAAGUCUUCUUGAUGGAAGAACUCUGUUUGAGAACAAUAUUAGAAAAGCAAUAGCCAAUUGACGUGCAGAAUUACAAAGAAUGAUCAUUGGAAUCCAAAGGGGAAUUUUCCUUAAGAAGGACACUCCAGGAACACAAAAUCCGUGUAAAGCACAUUGACUUGCCGCCUGCUUUAAAUGAUCAAAUCUUUGGGAUUAGUGUAUAAAAAUUAAAGAUGUAUGGACCACCAGGAAUAAGCUAUGAAUAUGGAAGCGAUCCUAUGCAUUGUUAAUAAUUCUGGAGUUGUGGGGCACCUUUUGCUUGCCACUUUGAAUCUUUGUAUAAAAAUCACAUCUUUAGAAUCAAUUCACAUAUUUCCUUGAAUUUUUUGUUAUAUUUUCCUUAGGUUAUUGUCUUAGUUAUCUGUUGUUAAUACAACAGAAUUACCACAAGUAGAUGUCUUUACCAAACAUCAAUGUAGACCAGCAGUCUCAAAAUCAGGGCACGAGCUCCAGGGGUAGGCUUCCUUGUCUCUUUAGCUUUUAUUCCUUGGCUUCUUGCUGAUCUUCACGUGACAUGGCAUCUUUCUUCCCCCAUUUCUGUUUGCUUACCUGCUUGUUUAAUUUCUUUAAUAUCUCCACAGAGGUUGUCUGAAGAUACGCGCUACACUCUGCUUUCUUAUUAGCAUUACAAAAAAAAAAAAAGGUCCCCAAUGGGAUUUUAUACAGAUAGGGAGUUAGGAUUUAAAAUUCAUUUUGGAAAGGCAUAAUCCAUAACAGGUAUGAAUCUCAUGAUAGCAGCAUACAUAAAUGCAGUUAAAAACUAACAAUUUCAUAAUCCAGCCAGGAGUUUAUGUGUGCAACAGAGAUUCAUUUUCUACCUGAGAAGCAUUUCCAAUGCUUAUAUGUUUUUAAACAUUUUUACAUGCAGAUCAUGUGUCUUCUACCUAGCAGAAUAUUAUUGUUUAUUUUUAACAUUAGUUAUGAUAUUUAUAUGUGUAACCAUGUAUUCAGUAAGAAACUUCAAUAAUGAAAUAAUGUACAAUGGAAAGAAAGGCUUACAUAGACUAACUGAUAUUUUGAAAUUCUGUCUAAUCAAGUAACUGGAAUAUCAACUUUUUGUCUAUUCAGCUAUGGGCCUAAUUUAGUCCUGGAUAUGCUACUGAUAAUAUUAGGCUUAUUAAUGAAAUUUUGAAUCUAAGUUUCUCUCUAUAUAAAGUGGAAAUAAUAAUUUAUUGCCUAAUGUGUCAGCACCAUACUUGGAAUGGGUUUCUAGAAGAAAAUUUGGGGGGGAUUUUUCUAUGAACUUAAUGAAUGUCAACUAUAUCAUGCUGCAUAAUUGUGUACUGGUAACUCCUUAAUAAAAUAUAUCAAGUUUUUA